CUUAUUUAGUAUCCGGUGUAAUUUCAAAGUGAAAGAGCAAGGACAAUAAUUUGUAAACAUGUCGAGCCGGUCUAUGCCAAGUACGUUCCUGAAGAAUUCUAUGCAAAAUGGACUUGGUCGCUAUGUUUGCCAGCUGCAAAGAAUAACGAUAAACUUGUGUAAAUCACACGCUGACAGUUUAGGCAUGAGAAACUUUAUUGAAAAUCACUUGAUGGAUUUUGCCAAAGAAAACCCAGGAGUUGUAGUUUAUGUAAAGCCUAGGAGACAUAGAUCACCAAGAAUAAUUGCAACAUUUAUCAAUGGCAAUACACAGACUCUCAAUAUGACUGGCUUACCGAAGGAGGACAUUUGUAAAUGGGUGGAAGCGAUGAGAACUCGGUCAGGUGUGGAUGUGAUGAGAUUGAGGAAGACGUGGCACACCGACACACCCAGCAUACAGGGUGCAUGGAAUCCCUUCACUUUCAAAGAUCCCGUUAAUAAUGUCACAACCUUUCCAAAUCCUGAACUAUAUAGCUGUCCAGAAGGCGAGAGUGCCACCACGCGACUGUUAAAACGCGCCGAACAACUUAGGCAAGGACAGCUUACAGGGAAGUCGGACAGCAACUCUGAACAAGAACAAAUUUCUGUGGGUUUGAACUCAAGUUCUGGGUCAUGAGUUUGAUUUUACCUUGAUGAUGUGUGUUUGGUUGUCAUGGAAUCUGUUGUUUAUAGUGAUGGCAAAAAUGGCUUACAGGCAAUUUAGGAUGCUGUUCUUGACCAGUAUGUGAUAUUGUUGUUUAUGAGGUAUAUGAAUGCCAUUACUUUAUACAGGAAAGCUUCCACUGUUUAACUAAUUUCUAUUGCACCCUUGUAGAGAGGAUGGAAUUUGAAAUUGAUUAAAAGGCAUUAAGUUACUACAUUAAGAGAGAUCGCAAAAAUUCACCUUGAAGGCAAAUUAACAAUGGGCAUUCUUAUAAAAAAAGAAAGGAAAAAAUGGAAAUUUUCCAAUAUACAUGUAUACACAGCAUACCGAAUGUCUGAUUGAUAGAUGGAAGAUCACAAACAACUCUAAACCUUGAUUUUUAUAGAAAUCAUAAUAUACAUGUGUAAUGUCUAUGAAAAAAAUUAGAUAUGUUUUGAGAUGUUUCACAAAGGUAUCUUACAGUUUUGAUUAAGCUGAAAAAUAUCAAAGAAAUUUUGAUUUAAUUGUUCAAUCUGAUGAUUGAAAAUGUAAUAAGGUAAAAGUAUGCAAAGCAGUCUUGUUGGACAUCAGUUGCAAAUCCUUUAUGAAUCAACAGUUAAAUUAAGUCCCUGAGGCAAAGUCUGCUGAUUAUAUAUAAUCAACUACAUAACCACUACAUAUAGGUACUGUAGACACAGACGCUUGGCACAAACUACCAACCCAUAUAUGUAUAUUUAUAUAUGUAUUAAAAUACAAUUCAUUGUACGUAUACAUGGACCUUAGGUUGGCAUGCCUAUGUCUAUAUAGUUAACUCAUGAUCAGAAUAUAAUAAGCUUCCUUUAUAUUCAAAGUUCCUAGAAAUUGGAUAUAUAUUUUUUUCCCCCUCAUAUUUUGAAACUUUCAUAAUUAACACAAAAUAUGCCUUACUUUACUAGAAUUUGCAUGCAUUACUAUAUAUACACAGGCAAAAUGUCUUGAGGUCAAUUUGACCUGAAAAGAAUUUGACCUGAAACUGAGGUCAAUUUCACUUGAAGAAAUUUUCAGGUCAGUUUCUUGACAUUAAUUGACUAUUCUGCACUUUUCAGGUCAAAUUUACCUGAAUAUUUUCACAUGAAAUUGACCUGAGUUUGGCCUGAAGACAUUUUGCCUGUGUAUGCUUAUAAUACACUGCCAUAUUUAAAGCACAUUUGUAGGACAGCUGAAAAAAGAUUGAGAUUGUGGUAUCUGUUUUGUCUGUGUGUAAAAUAAAUAUUGGAAAGUGCUCGGAGCAGAUGACCAAUGGGAGCAGACUCAGAUUUAGGAACUAAAAUUAUAUAUGUGUGGUUUAAAGAUACAGAUGAUGUUAUAGGUAAUAGGAAUAACACAUCGGGCAGUAUUUGGUAUAAAUGUAUGUGGAAUGUAUGGGACUGUCUAUAUUGUAAAGUUGGUAGUGUUUAACAUGUAUGUUGAUACCAUAAACUAAGAUUAAAAAUAUAAACUGAU